UGAAAGUUCCCAUUUUUGCUAAUUGUGGCGGGAGAAUGGCGUAACCCGUUUCCAUCUACUCUUCCUCUCUCUCCUCUCUCGUAUCAAGGAGGAAAAAAAACCCCGCUCUCUCAAUCGAUUCUUCUUGUGUUGUGCUUCAAUUUGAUCGCCAUAGAGUCUCUCAACUCCCAAUGAGAUUUGGAUUCUGAGAACUGGGUUUUUAUAUCGGAAGUGGAGUGCUGUUGAAGGUUACUGCAGGGUUUGAUUUGUAAUGGCGGAAGUUUUUGAUGACGAAACGGAACAGACGAUUUCUAUUCAGGAGUAUCUGAAGGAAGUUGAGGAACAGGAGCUGGAAGCGGAUUUAGUUUUGGGAGGUGAUGAGGGAAAGGAAUGUACUUACAACAAGGGUUACAUGAAGAGACAAGCCAUUUUCUCAUGUCUAACUUGUACCCCUGAUGGAAAUGCUGGAGUUUGCACAGCCUGCAGUUUGUCAUGUCAUGAUGGACACGAGAUUGUGGAAUUAUGGACCAAGAGGAACUUCAGGUGCGACUGUGGAAAUUCAAAAUUCGGAAAUUUCGUCUGCAAGCUGUUCUCAAACAAAGAUGUAGAAAAUUCCAACAAUUCGUACAAUCAUAAUUUUAAAGGAUCAUACUGCAUAUGCAAUCGCCCUUACCCUGAUCCAGAUGUCGAAGAGCAGGUGGAGAUGAUUCAGUGUUGUAUGUGCGAGGAUUGGUUUCAUGAGGAACAUCUCGGUCUCAGUUCCAUAGAUGAGAUUCCCAGAGAUGAAGAAGGGGAGCCCCUAUACGAGGACUUCAUAUGCAAAGCGUGCUCUGCAGUUUGUUCUUUUCUGAGUCAAUAUCCUUCAUCUAUUUGGGCUGUGGGAAGGCAGUCUGAUACCUCUAUGGACGUUAGCAACAAAAUUGAUGCUUCAGAGCUUCCAGCUAGUACAUCUGUAAAGCACAAUGAUGAUGUUAAUCUUCAUGAUUCUGCCAAUGCGGAUCCUACAGUAGAUACUGACAAAUCUGCUGGCAAGGAUAGCUUGCUCAGUGAACUUCCUGAAAAUCCUAGUUCUAGCGAACCAAUUAAAGAUAACAAUCAAACUGAUAGUUGUGUGCUUGGAACUUCUUUGUCGGCUUCUAUAAUUGUUGAAAACAAGCCAAUGUUUCUUUCAAAGAAUUGGAGGGGUGCCUUGUGCAGAUGUGAAAAGUGCAUCAACAAUUACAAGUUGAAUAAUAUUAGUUUCCUGCUAGAUGAAGAGGACUCUAUUGCUGAGUAUGAAAAAAUGGCAAAACAGAAGAGGGAAGAGAAGUUAUUGCAACAAGAAGGUGCUGAGUCAAAGUUGUUUGAUAACCUUGGGCAUGUGGAGAAAAUUGAGAUUCUGAAUGGCAUUGCAGAUAUGAAGGAUGAGAUUCGUACCUUCCUGGAAUCAUUCGACUCGUCGAAGCCUAUUACAUCUGCAGAUAUUCACCAGGUUUUUGAGAAUCUAGCUAAAAAGAGACGCCGUACUGAAUGAAAGUAUUCUCUUAGAAGCUUCAAUAUAUUUCAGUAUCUAUAAAAGGAGUAGCCUUCCGUUGGUCUUGGAGUUCUCAAGUAAGCUGUCCUGACUGCUUGAAUAUAUGUAUUUGGGGCGGUUUCUUUCAGAAUUCUGUUAUGGUAAAACCGUUAACUAUGAAACUUAAGUUUCUUUGAGAUCUAGAUUAUGCUUUCAGAAAUGACUUGUUUUUGAAACCUUGUUAAACUACCGGAGGUGCCAACCCCUGUGGUUUAAGCUGUAAAUUUAACUUAGUUCCAGACUUGUUUCUAAUAUAUGAUGUUAGACCUGUUUCUGAUA